AUGAACUCAACAUUUGAACCUCCAACGUGGGGUUUCAAGGUGUAUUAUGGAAUGUCAAUCGUCACAAUUCCGUUGUAUUCUGUGAUUUUGAUUUGUCUUUUGAGACUUCGAUAUGUGUCAAAAACUUACAAAACGACGUUUUACUCGUUAUUGCAACAGCACUGCAUCGCUGACCUGGCAUCAAUGAUAGGAUAUAUUGCUCUGACUCCUGCAAGAGAAAUACCAGUGAUUCGCCAAUUCUACUUUGAAAAUCAAGAAUAUUACAUUGCUGCUGCUACUUACAACAUAAUCUACGUCAGUCUAUACAUCCGAUGUACCGGGAUUGUCUUCUUAUCUCUUCAAAGAUACUUAGUUAUCACUUCGCCUCAUUCACAAAUUACUCUUAAAGUUCAAACAGCUUCAAACUGGAAAAUAAUUGUUGUUUACUGGAUAACUCCAAUACUUUUGAGUAUAGUCGUACUGACGGACACUAGUUUUUAUUUCAAUAAUGUAACCGAGAUGACUCUAAUUGUGGAUAGAGCUAUUACUCAGAGAAACACAUUGAUGGCUCUAAUCGUUGUCAGCAUCACUUGCAUUGUCAGUUCUGUGGCAUAUGGAGCAUUGUUCUCAUUUGUUAGGAAAAAUACAGUUAGACUGUCAAAAUCUCUCCGAAGAGAACUCCACUUGGCAUUUCAAGUACUGGUCCUACUUCUCGCCUUCUUCACUGUGUUGGCGUUUUUCGCAAGUCUCAAUUACUUUUCUCAAAUGCAAAUGACGACUCAAAUGUAUUAUCUACGUGGAAUAUAUCCUAUGAUCAGUGGAUUUCUUUCGUACAGUAAUCCAUACUGUAUUCUACUGUUGAAUCGAGAUUUAACUGGUCAAGUGAUAAAGUCAGUGAGCUGUGAAGGAUACAAAGUGAGUGAAGCUCAAGUAUCUGGAAUUCGUUCAAAUUCCACCAAGCAGCAGAACUUGAUUUCUGUUCAGAAUGGGGCAACAGCUGGAACUGAAUCUACUAGAAGACUAGACGUUCCAAUUCAAAUGGCUGCUACUUUGGAACCUCCAACAUGGGGAUUCUAUGUUUAUUACGGAAUGUCCAUUAUUACUCUUCCGCUGUACAUUGUCAUUUUGAUUUGUCUUCUACGUCUUCGUUGCUCACUGAAAGUGUUCAAUUCUACAUUUUAUUCACUUUUAUUGCAACAUUGCAUUGCUGAUCUCAUCUCAAUGCUUGGAUACAUUGCACUCUCGCCAGCUCGAGCCAUUCCUCAGAGAGUUCAAAACGCUGCGAAUCGAAAUAUUAUUCUUCUUUACUGGAUCACUCCAACACUUCUUAGUAUCGUGGUUCUCAAGGACACUAACUUUCAUUUCGAUGGACUUGAAAAUAUGGCGAUUGUUGCGGAUAAAUCUGUUAUUCAGCGGAAUACACUGAUGGCUCUCAUUGUUGUCAGUAUUACUUGUAUUAUAAGUUCAUUGGCAUAUGGAGCUUUGUUUAUAUUUGUACGGAAGAAUUCAUCAAAACUUUCAAAAACUCUCCGUCGAGAACUUCAUCUAGCAAUUCAAGUACUAGUUCUGUUAGUUGCAUUCUUUGCUAUUCUUGUGUUUUAUGCAUUUCUCAAUUACUUUUCGCAGUUCCAAAAUAACGGUCCAAUAUUCUACAUGCGAGGUCUCUAUCCGAUGGCAAACGGAUUUCUCUCCUAUAUCAAUCCAUUCUGUAUUCUCGUUUUGAAUAAAGAUUUGACAAGACAAAUUAUCAAAUCAAUUUCUUGCUUUGGUUGGAACAUGAGCGAAAUGCAAAUGUCCGGAAUAGUCACCAACUCGAACAAACCUCAAACUAAUCAGAUGGGGAACGCAGUCGACGGAUUCCGUAGAUCACUUUUCAAUUAG